AUGGCGAAAAAUACCGGAGAUACAAAAUUCCGAAAAGUCGAUGUUGAUCAGUUAACAGAACCAACAUUUCAAGAUGAAACAAUUGAUGACGUAAAACCCUCCAGUAUAAAUAUAUCUGAAAUUAAUGAUUUAAUUACAAGUGGCAGAUCUACUGAUGCUAUCUUAGCUAUACUACAAAAUGCACCGAUUAACUCAAAAGAUCAACAGGUCAAGGAUACGGUAUUUAAGUUGAUGAUGCGUUUGUUGUCCCAGUUUAAAUCAAAUCAAAAUAUUGAUGAUUUUUUGUCAACAAUGGAUCAAGAGAAAAUUGAUCUGUUAAUGAAAUAUAUUUACCGUGGAUUUGAACAGCCUCAAGAGAUUAGUUGUGCUACGCUGUUGUCAUGGCAUGAAAAGGUUUAUACAUAUGGAAAGGCUGGUUCAGUUGUACGCGUCUUGACAGAUCGUAAACGUGUUUAA